UACAGUAGAGCGCUGCUAAGAGGAGGUAGGGUUAUAUACUUUGGGAUAUUGCUCGUUUCGAGUCAGUUAUUCUUCGGUACGUUUGAAAGAGAGUAAUUUAUGGAUAUUGACUGACUCGUGACGCAAACUGAUUUAAACGUUUCAGUCCGAUUUGGUGUACUGGUUCGACCUGUAAAAGAACCGGUUCAAAGAAACGAUUCUUUCGCGAAACGGACAUCACAUAAUAUACAGUAGCUGCUCGUGUCGCUAAGCUUUAAUUCUGGAUUUACAGAGGACGGGAUGAAACAAUCAUCACAUUUUGCACAUAAAUGCUGAUGCUCCAUACUUUAACAUCCAGCAUUUAAAAACUCCGGACUGUUUAAAGCUAUGGACCCCGUAACGAGAUGGACACCAAAGCAGGUUGUUGACUGGAUGAAAGGUCUGGACGAAAGCCUUCAACAGUAUGUGCACAACUUUGAAAGGGAGAAGAUUAAUGGAGAACAGCUACUGAAGAUCUCUCAUCAGGACCUCGAGGAACUCGGUGUGACUCGCAUUGGCCAUCAGGAGCUGGUUUUGGAGGCUGUAGAUCUGCUCUGUGCUCUGAACUAUGGAGUAGAGACAGAUAACUUGAAGAACCUGGUGGUGAAGAUGAGAAAUGUGACCAAAAGCCUUCACACUUCAACGUCAGAACGCAGGAAGAGUCCUGCAUGUGACAGCAGCACAUCCAGCAAGAUCCCAAACGAAUUCCUGUCAUCUGUCGUGGAGCUCAUCGGAUCAGCCAAAAGUCUCUUGGCAUGGCUGGAUAGAACCCCAUUGACCGGUAUCAGUGAUUUCACAUCCACCAAAAACAAAAUCAUUCAGUUGUGUCUGGAAUUGACCACUACAGUUCAGCAGGACAACACGGUCUAUGACAUAGAAGAGAAGAUUUUGGGUAUUUCGACGGUGCUGAACAGUAUUUGUGACCAGACGGUAAGAACCACCUCUGAUCCUCUGAUGAGCCAGUCCGCAUGUCUGGAAGAAGUUCAGUUGACCAACAUCAAACCAGGAGAGGGAUUGGGCAUGUACAUCAAAUCCACCUACGAUGGGCUUCACAUCAUCACUGGCACCACUGAGAAUUCCCCAGCAGAUAUGACACACAAGAUCCACGCUGGAGAUGAAGUCAUCCAGGUCAACCAGCAGACAGUAGUGGGUUGGCAGCUAAAGAACCUGGUGUCCAAGCUGAGAGAAGAUCCUAAAUGUGUGACGCUUCUUUUAAAAAAACGACCAACAGGAACCUCGGGAUUCACCCCAGCCCCCCUGAAAAACAUGCGUUGGAAACCGCCCGUGCCUCAGAGCUCCAGUUCUCCGAAUAAAACCCAAUCACCGGGUGACUCCACCAAACUCAAUGGGAGAAAAGAAAAGCCAGCAAUACUGGACCUGUAUAUACCUCCACCUCCAUCAGUGCCUUACACACCACGGGAGGUAAGGAACGGAUCUUACACCAGCGUCAAUCCCAGACCUAAAGGCUCGGAGUCUCCAAACUCCUUCCUGGACCUGGAGGGUCACCGGCGCUUCACCGUUUCAGAAUACGACAAACUCUCUGUUCACCCUGUUGAGGUCAACGUACAGAUGCGUCCAAGAGGAAAAGCUCCUUCACAUGGUAAACCACGACCCCUGUCUAUGCCAACAGAUACAUGUUUGAAUGUGGCAGACCUGUAUGCCAGGCCCUGGGCACAGGGACGAAAAGGUGAGGAUCUGCUUUACAGAUACCUAAGCAACGAACGUAUACCAACUAUCACAGAAGAAUCUCCAGGCCCUGGAUCAUCGUAUAAAUCAAUAGCAGAGACGCCCGCUCGCGGGGUCGAGUGCAGACAGAAUCACAGAUUCAUCUUUAGUACAGACCUACACAACAGUGCCACCAUCCCUUAUCACGAGGACUUAAUGAAAAAGACCCCCAUGACAUCAUCACCCAAACGUCCCUCUGCGGAGCCUUCACUACUGGUCAGUUGGAUCACAAGACUUAAGCUUUUGACUCACUAACGCGUCAGCUUGCCGUCUGCCCCGGGUUCCCUGUCUGUCACCUCGGUGCCUUUGUCCAGCUCUGUUUCUCACGUCCAUCUCCCUUUCACUGUCUUUCUCUUGGGAUUUUUCUUUGUGCCUCUUAUUUACCCAUAAUGCUGCUGGACUAGAUUGCCUUAACGCGCUUAAAAUUACUCGACCUCAAUGAAUGUUUGGAAACACAUUUUUGGGGAAUUCGUUUUUGUCUUUUCAAAACCACAUCAGAAAACAAAAUCAGGUUUGAAAUCCUAAGCUACAGUAUUGAUUUGUAUAUAAAGUCGUUUAAAAUCUACCUCUGCAUAGUUUAUGGUUUGAAACCUAAUGCAAAUCCAAAACACAGCUGAGAAGUCAUUUGAGUAUUUAAUAACUAAACCCCAUGUUUUUCCAAACGGUUAAGUCUCAACCAUCUCAUUUCUUAUCUAACAAAUUACAGAGAAACAAAUCAUGUUGUUUCUCAACUUGUCGCUUUUGUAGAUGCAUAACUUGCAAUAGAUUUCAGGAUUGGAAACUAUGAGUUUGAAUAUUUAUGUGUUACAAGAAAGUUGUGUAAGUUAUUUUAAUCUUUUUGUGGUAUUGUGCAUUGCUUUAUUUGGUACAUAACACGGGCAAUUUAACAAGCCUGAUAUUUUCCUGGAUGCUUAUUACAUGUUGAAAGCCGUGGUUUUGGGGAAUGUUAGUGUUUUUCCGCACAUCUUCAUUAAAGGGUUAGUUCACCCAAAAUGGAAUGUCAUCAUUUACAUCCAUGUUCCAAACCUGUAUUUUCCCUUAUGUGGAAGUGGGACACAGAGCAUCCACAAAACUUUAUUUUAUAGAUCAUCUCUUGAAUAAAUAAGCUUUCCAUUGAUGUAUGGUUUGUUAGGAUAGCUACUAUUUGAUACAACUAUUUGAAAAUCUAGAAUCUGAGGGUGCAAACAUUUUAAAUAUUGAGAAAAUCGUCUUUAAACCCUUAUCUGCACUGUCCCCUUGAGCGGGACACUUUAGUUUACUUUAAUAUUUUGUAUGUGUGCAUUUUAAUCUUGACAAACUGUCCAUCAUUGGAAAGCUCUAAGAGUGUAGAUUUCAUUUUUUUCCAAAACAUUUUAGCGGUAAUAAUAAUGCAGUGACAGUAAUUUAUUAAUUUGUGACAAGAGCAUGCAGCAAACUGUUGACACCUAGUGGCCGCUGUUGGUAAAACACAAACCAGAUUUUUUUGUGAUUUUAAAGCGCACCUAUUGUCUGAUUCACGAUUUUACAUUUCCUUUAAUACUUUCAACUCCAGACACCUCGGUGAAAAUCUUUAGAGUGUCUUUUUUUAAAACAAGACCAAGAUUAAGGGCCGGGUAUACUUUCUCUCCGCGUCCGUCUCGUGCGCAAAAGGUACACUAGGUGCGGAUGGCCGUGUUCGACUCGUAAGCAAUACAAAUGAUUUCUUAUUCAAAUUAUUACUCUACCAGGCCGUUAGGACAGCACUGAUUCACGACAUUUACAGUACAUUAAAAAAAUUAUGAUAGAUGUAGAAAAGUAGCGGCAAACUACUGCACCAUGGCAAACAAAGUUUAGAAACAACAAGAACACAAAGAACAGGAAGCAAACAUUAUGGUGACGAAAAUGCUCCAAAGCUUUUUGUUCUUGGAAGAAGUGAAAAUAAAAGAAGAAAAGACGAUGUGCAAAUAUAAUUGUUUGUAGUGGAGUGUCCUGUCUUAAUAUUUUCUCGCGCAUGCGCUGUUGUACGCAUACUGUCCGCGUGGUCUACAAUUUUGGGGUGCACACGGCCGACCGCAACCCUCCUGAUAACGAAAAUGACGCCAUGCGGACUAGUAUAUAUUUGGCUUUAGUGGUUAAAGUCGUCCAAAUGAAGCCCUUAACAACAUAUAUUACUAAUAAUACAACAGUCUCAUUUUUGGGUGAACUACUCAUUUGAAAUGAAAGCUUUCUUUGAUACAAAUGAUUGUCGCUGAAAAAUCUAUGCAUGAUUUUUGCUUAUUUGCCUUUGCUGAGAUAAAAUCUCAUUUGUAGUGCAGGUUUACUAGCAAGUCAUUGUGUGAACCCAGAAACAUUUCUAGAUGUGUGCACAAUAAUAACAAAUAAAACCGAGCGUUUUUGCUUUAUUAACCUGUCAAGCAGUUAAACCAACGUCAAUCAUGGGCCAUGUUCAGCUUUAGCAGUAUAUUGCUUUGACUUGAGAAAUGAUCCUCAUGUUUUAUAAAACACUGAGUUUACAAACAGUUUUAUUGCAAUUUCUGAAUGACACCGUAUUAAGCAUUUGUGCUUUUCAUUGGUUGUUUUUGUACCGUUUUUGCAUUUUGUACCAAAGCAGUGAAAUCUGUCCAUUAAAUGUGCUGUUCUAGAUA